UAUAUCAAAUCGCCUGGAUACUCAAAUUCAAAAUACCUGACAAAUCCUGAACUAAAUCUAAAGCUGAGGGAACAGUAAAAAAUUACCCUUUCAUCGGGAAAUUGUAACAAAAUGGGACUUCCUACUUUUAGUAGCUGCUGCUGCCUCGAGCUGAAAUGGGGCGCUCUUAUUGUGGCCAUUGUGGAUUUGAUAUUCUGUGGCGGAGCAGCAGGGCAUGCGUCCAUAAUCAGAACCGGAGAUAUUCUCAACAUCCUUUGGUUUCUAGCCGUUGCGCUGCACAUUGCCCACAUAGUCGCUUGCAUUCUAGUUAUUGUUUCGGUUUUUGUGCCUAAGAAGGAGUUUCCCUGUAUCUACCUUAUUACAGCACUAAUAAGAUUCAUUUUUGAUAUAAUAUUACUAAUAUUUAUUAUCAUUGAAUUCGGUUUCAAAGGUGAUACCCUAAUAACCGCCAUCAUACUCAUUAUAUAUCUUGUUCUGACCGUUUACUUUUGGUUGGUGAUCUACUCAUGGUACAGGAAGCUCGGCGGUCAUACUCCAGCGGAUUAAUGACCCCGAGUCUUAGGGUCGGAAUAAAAUCUUUUGACCUAUCGUGAUGCCUCCCGGAUGUUACUACAUAAAUAUGAACAAAAUUUGUCGUUUUCAAUUUAAAACUAUAUUGUCCAGACGUCCAAACCAAAUGACCGUGUGAACUUCUUCAGUGUGAAACCUUUAACCCGUGACGCCUCCCGGAUGCCUAAAUGUUCCAGAGGUGAUUUCAUAAUUAUGAACAAAAUUUUCAGUUUUUAAAAUAAAAGUUUAAAACUAAAUUGUCCAAACAAUGACAUAAAUAUGCUUAAAAUUAAAUUGUUUAAAUCUAAACAGA